UCAUUGUACAUUGAUUGCUGAGAUACCGACAACAUGGAUAUUGACGAGGAAGAGUUCGAAGCACCGACAUCCAGCAGUAGUCGCGGCGAGCGGAAGCGCUUCGAGGUCAAGAAGUGGAACGCGGUGGCCCUAUGGGCUUGGGUCAUCGUAGUGGACAAUUGUGCGAUCUGCCGCAACCACAUCAUGGACCUGUGCAUCGAAUGCCAGGCAAAUCAGGCCUCUGCCACCAGCGAAGAGUGCACGGUCGCUUGGGGGGUCUGUAAUCAUGCCUUCCACUUCCACUGCAUCUCGCGCUGGCUCAAGACCCGGCAAGUAUGCCCUCUCGACAACAGGGAAUGGGAGUUCCAGAAGUACGGCCAUUAGGAUGCUUACAGCGGAGACUGACGAAUGUGUGUGUUGACUUGCUUUCGCCUAAAUAUGCUGCCGCGAUGGUGGCUUCUUUUUUAUUUUCGGUUCGUAUAAGCUCACCAAUUAUUGUGCAUUGAGCAUCAAAACAUCAAAGAAAAUAAGCCAAGUGUGAAAAACGAAGAGAAUUUUUGUUUCAUCUUGUAAUAGAUAAAGGGACUUUAACUAACGGUUUAUACGCAAAACAAUAAAUUGAUCAGUUUUAAACUACACUGAAACACAA